AUGGAGUACGAUACCAAGACCUCGGUUUCCUCUACCUCGGACAAGACAUCCUUUGCAUACAUCUCUGCGAGAGACCGCUGGCCGAUCAUUCUCACUGGAGCAAUCGACGAUGUUUACAAGGCCGUAUCGGACACAGCAGACGAGGCAAAGCGGGACGAGGGAAAGAGAAUCGUGGAGGAGCUGGCAAAGCUCAAAUACGAGCUGCAGCACGAUCGGAAGUUAACGCCUCUGCUGGAUGAUGGGGAGGCGGAUGUUGCAGGGUACAAUCAGGAGCUGGAGCAAUUGGGAAACCCCUCCUGGUUCAAUAUUCCCUGGCUCUACGCAGAAUGCUACCUCUACCGACGGAUCGCAACCUCCUUUGCACUUUCCAAGUACUGGAAGUCCUACGAUGUCUUUGCUGUCCAAAAGAUGUCCACCUUCCGCUCCUCGCGCCCAGCCGUUAUCGAACUCGCGGGCCGGUACCACGAGCUGAUAAAUGAGAUGAAGAGCAAAGACGAGAAGUCCGAGAAGGAAAUUGCUGAGGUAGAGAAGAUCCUCUUCAUGGAGAUGUGCGAAAUCUGUUUGUGGGGAAAUGCUACGGAUCUGUCACUCCUGACAUCUCUUACGUACGAGGAUAUCCAGAAACUCCAAGGAUCGGAAGCACGGAAAAAUUCAGAGAAGAACAUCAUCGUGAAUGAUCUGGAGGCUGCCUACGAUACCCUGAAAAAAGCCAAGGUGGAUGGGAAGAAGUACAGGCAGGUUGAUAUCGUGCUGGAUAAUGCUGGUUUCGAGCUGUAUGUGGACCUCAUCCUAGCUGGAUUCCUCCUUUCUGCCAACCUUGCCACGAAUGUCAUACUGCACCCGAAAUCAAUUCCCUGGUUCGUUUCAGACGUCCUGCCAGGUGAUUUCGCGGCUCUUCUUAAUGCCUUGGCAGCACCUCAAGCAUUUUACUCAACGCCUUCGGCCGACGAACAAGCUGCCGACAAGAAACCAACCCCACUCAACCAAAAAGAGAUCGACGAACUGUCAUUCUUGUUCUCGGAGUGGAGUAAGUUCCAUGCUGAAGGACAACUGACGCUUCGCUCAAACCGGUUCUGGACUGAAGGAGGCAGCUUCUGGAGAUUGCCAGGCACCGCUCCGAGACUUCACGCGGAUCUAAAGGAAAGCGAGCUUGUUAUUUUCAAGGGAGAUCUAAAUUACAGAAAGUUGACUGGAGAUGCAAGCAAACCCUCCCGCCAAACUUACAGGAAACAAGCCAUCGGUCCUCUCGGCCCCGGAUCCGGCGUCAAUGUUCUUGCUUUGAGGACAUGCAAGGCCGACGUCGUGGUCGGUCUCAAGCCAGGCCAAGACGAGGAGCUGAGAGCAAUGGAGGGAGGGGGUGGCGAGAGCGGAAAGCGUGAGUGGGCUUGGAGUGGAAAAUGGGCCGUGGUGUCCUUUUCCGCUGGCCGAUGA